CCACACCUCACAUGCAUUAGUUGACACUCUCUAACAACUCCUCAAUUUUCUCUCCAAAUCUCUUCGAUCAUCAUAAAUAAAAAAAAGAGUUUUUCAGUUAACAAACACAAACUUUCUCGGAAAGAGAUUUGUGUUGCAGUUUCAGAAAAUAAACAAGUUUCUUGAUUGUGGUAAUGGGGAAUUACAUGGAGACGUGUUUACAGAAGGAGCAAAGAGAAGACGAAAAGCCACAGGAACAAGAAAAACAAGAAUCUGGGAAAGCAAGGGGUAGUUAUGGAAUGGAAAGUGGUAGAGUAAGGGUAAAGUUGGUAUUAACAAAAGAUGAGCUAGAGUGGUUGUUAUUACAACUCAAGAACAAAGAAGGGCAAAGAUUGGAAGAUGUUUUGGGGGCAAUUGGGAAGAGUAGACUCGAAGGGAAAAGUGUUGCUGGAUGGAAACCUUCUUUAGAGAGUAUCAUGGAAACUCCUGAAGUUCAUCAUGAGAUGAAUAGAUCAUGAUGUGAUUCUUGGAAAAGUUACAAUUUUACCCUCUUCUUCUCUAUCUUUUUCAAGAUCAUGGGUUUCUCUUUGAGAUGGGGUCAUGCCCAGAUUUGUAAUUAUGUGUUUUCAUUUGGAAUGGCAUGUCUCUCAAAGGAAAAUGUGUUUUUCUUUCUUGAUCGUUUAGCAUAUUUUUCCUAAACUAGAUCUAUAGUAUUGUUUUUUGUGUUGUAGCUUAUAUUUGCUCUUUGUUUGAUACUUUUUGUGGAUAUUCUAAUUAUCUAUUUGAUGUGA